AUGAAUAAAAAAAAGAUUCUCAGCUCCAUCAAUACUCCAAACUAUCUGUUAGCUAAAUAUCUUGUCCCACACCUUCAAAUACUGACUGAAAACGAAUUCACAGUAAAAGAUACAUUUUCAUUUGCGAAGGAAAUUACCAACCAAGACAGACACAAAGAUGGAAUUAUGGUCAGUUUCGACGUUGAAAGUCUGUUUACAAACGUUCCCUUAGAUGAAACCAUCAACAUAAUAAUAAAUUCACUUUUUCCAAGUUCCAAUUCAAACUUUUUAGGAAUGAAGCAGUCAAAAUUUAAAGAUCUACUGGCAUUAGCUGCCAAAGAAUGUCUAUUCAGUUUUGACGGAAAAGUGUAUAGACAAAUAGAUGGCGUUGCAAUGGGCUCUCCUUUAGGACCAGUUUUCGCGAAUACUUUUCUAUGUCACCAUGAGAAAACAUGGUUAGCUGACUGUCCAAUUGAUUUUAAGCCACUUCUUUUUAGACGAUACGUGGAUGAUAUUUUUCUCAUCUUCAAACAUACCGAUCACAUUCAACAUUUUUUAGAUUAUCUCAACCAGAAACACCACAAUAUGAAAUUUACUAGUGAAAUUGAAGUCAAUGGAAAUUUACCCUUCUUAGGAAUUAACAUCUUCAGAUCACCUUCAGGUUUUUCCACUUCAAUAUAUAGAAAACCAACCUUCACCGGCCUGUAUAUAAACGCAGAUAGCUUCAUUCCCAACAAAUACAAAACAAGUUUAAUCAAUAUACUUGUUCACCGCGCUUUCACUAUCUGUUCAACCUGGCAAUUCCUACAUGAAGAGUUAGAAAACAUAAAGGUGAUCUUAAAAAUUUCUAGUAGUGGUUUCCUUAUAGGAGGAGCUAGAUAUAAUGAUGGGAAAGUGGUUGCUAUCAUGAAGAUCAUCAAAAACUUCCCAGGAGAGAGAAGGUGCAAUUUUGGGAUCACAAAGGCUAAGAUCAAUGGCUGA